UUGGAGUGCUAUUAUUAAAUGUAUGUGAGGUAGAAAGACGCGCCUGCGCUUGCGCCUUGUUUUUCCUUGUUUUCUAAAUAUUGUAAUGUAAAUCGAAGUGGUCGUUGUUUCAUAAUUAUACAUUUCUAAGUCCCCGUAGGUCCAUUUGGUCCUGUGCUCGGCAGUCGCCUCUCUCUAGUUGAGAAUGUUAUCUUUAUCUGUAUGACACUGAUACUACACAUGAUAAAAAUAAUGAUUACUGAUGUAUUACAAACUACAUCAUGCCAACUCUUCAUGAUUUUAUAUUUACUUGUACACUAACAUUAUUUCGUUAACAACUUUUUGUCAUUUUUUUCAUUUAAAAACACUUUGUCACAGUAAUUUUUAAAAUUGUUUAUCUAAGCCAAUUACUGUAGCAGUUUAUAUCAUAAUGAGUGAUAUAAUUAAGAACCACAUUUUAUGAAGACACAUCAGUUUUAUUUUAAAGUGUAAAAGUAAUUCAUAUUAUGUAGAGGAUAUUUUUUUAUUGUAACAUUUGUGAGUAUGGAGGUAGGUUAAGGUGAGAGGGAGGCGGAGGAGGGCGGCGGGCGCGGUGAUGCGGCGAUGGCGUCGCGGCGCGUGACGCGCAAGUGGGAGGUGUUCGCCGGACGGAACCGGUUCUGGUGCGACGGACGCCUCAUGACGGCGCCACAUCCCGGGGUGUUCGCGCUCACGCUGGCUCUCAUCUGUGGCACGUGUGUGCUGCACUUUGCCUUCGACUGCCCCUUCCUGGCAGCGCGCGUGUCCGGCGCUGUGCCGGCGGCGGGCGCGGCGCUGUGUGGAGUGACGCUGGCGGCUCUGCUGCGCACGGCCUUGUCGGAUCCGGGUAUAAUUCCGCGCGCAGCUCCGCACGAGGCCGCCGCGUUGGGAGCGCUGGAGGCGGCCGACGGAGCCGCUGGCCGCCCGCCGCCGCGCGCUCGGGAGGUGCUCGUGCGCGGACGGCCCGUCAAGCUCAAGUAUUGUUUCACUUGCAAGAUGUUUCGUCCGCCGCGCGCCUCGCACUGCUCGCUCUGCGACAAUUGCGUCGACCGCUUCGACCACCAUUGCCCCUGGGUCGGCAACUGUGUCGGGAAGCGCAACUAUCGCUACUUCUACUUGUUCGUGGUGUCGCUCUCCUUCCUGGCGGUGUGGGUGUUCGCGUGUGCGGUGACUCACCUGGCGCUGCUGGCGCGAGGCGCUGGGCUGGCGGCAGCACUGCGGGCGACUCCCGCCUCCGCCGUCGCGGCCGCCGUGUGCUUCCUGUCAGUGUGGUCGGUGCUGGGGCUGGCCGGCUUCCACACCUACCUCGCCUCUACGGACCAGACAACUAACGAGGAUAUAAAGGGAUCAUUCUCCCGCCGCGGCUCGGGAGGUGCGGGCACGAACCCGUACUCGCGCGGUAACGCGUGCGCAAAUUGCUGGCAUGUUCUCUGCGGUCCCCUCGCGCCGAGUCUCAUCGACCGGCGCGGUGUCUUGUCGAGCGACACACGCGACGACCUACCGCCGCGCUUCGCUCACAUCAUGUGCGUGCCCCCUGCCCCGGCCCCGGGACCCCCCGCAGCCCCCGCACCCCUAGCCGACCUCGCACUCGCCCGCACCGACACACAGGAACGGAGCCCUCGGCGGGAGUUACACGAAUCUGUUCGAAGGUGGCGACGCGACGCGCCACGCGUACACGAACCACAGCCUGGAGCCCGAGCCCGUGCCGCUGCAGGAGGUGGCGGUGGCGGCCGCGCUCAGCGCCUCGCGCCUGCGCCUGCUGCACGACACCACCAUGAUAGACGCGGCGCUCGACCUCGACGACCCCGUGGCGCCCGCCGCCGCGCUCUGACCGCGGCGGGGGAGACGCCGGAGAAGCCCGUGUCCUCUGGAGGCGGCUCAGGAAGGGACCUUAACAUUACUCACAUAGAGACGGUCGGGUGGCGAGCCGGCGAGCCUCCGGUAUCAAAUGUUUUAUGGAAUACAUUAACUGCUGUUACAUAUUAAGUGAGUUUAUCGAAGUAGUCGUGGCGAUGGCUGCGUCCAUCAUGAUAUAAAUAUGAGGUUUAAUAAAUAAACAUGUAUAUAAUAUAUGUACAUACACAUUUGAUAAUUUAUUAAUUUUCUUUGCGAGACGAAUCAAAUAAAAAUGUAUUUUGUAUAUAACAGACGUCGCAGAUCAUUUUCAGUCAAAUUACACUCCGCGGAAGAUAAUAACCGGUUCCCUGUCCCAAGACCCUGCUCGGGUCACUACGAAACGGCAUGACCACAGUUUGCUUCACCGCCUCUACGCUUCUUCGGGAACAUAUAAUUCCGCAUGAAGCCGUAAGACGGGUUGAGGUGUCGAUGAUCGCUGCUUUCACAAAUGUUUCAGUCUACGUUUUCACUAGCGGCGCUAGUCGCCGAUGGGUUUCGGUCCGCUAGAAAAUGUGUUAUGCUGCUUUUCUGUGGAUAACCAACGCUAGGUCGAUGAACACCGAAGAUUGAGGCUUCUCACUAACAGCACUUUUAAAUAAACCGAAACACCAAAAAUACUAAGCCACACGAGUACGUGAAGCGCGAACCCGCUGAACACGGGUCCGCUUGGAUUAUAACCAAACACGGCGUUCUUAUGUGUUAAAACCUGUGAUUACCGCAGCAGCAGGUCGUUGUGACCGCCGGCUUUGCCACGUGACGGCUCUGGAAGCGUCACGCCGACAUUGCUUCAACACCUGCAUCUCUUCCACUCCAGAAGUAGUUUUCACCACUUAGUUUGUCUCUCGUUCGGAAGGCUCUACUUCAACGGUCGCUGCCGAGUGCGACUUAAUGUUGCCCCACUAAGUUUACCGUCUUUGAGCUUUUUUAAAUGUUUGUUUUUAAUGUCACGAAGGUCGCAUAAAAGAUAAUAAUAAAGUAAGAAAACAUUUUUUGUUUUUUUAAUUAA